AUGGGCUUGCCCAACGAUGCAAGUCCCCCACCUGCACUCCAAACACUACCAAAUGAGCUUCUUGGUGCUACCUGUCGUCUCCUUUCCAAUAGCGAUAUCAAAAGUUUACGUCUGACAUGUCGAGCCUUGGGAGACAAGUCGUACCUAAGAUUUGACCGCGUUUUCAUCUCCGCUAACCCACGCAAUGUCGAGGUCUUGCUCGCAGUUGCCAACCAUGACGUCUUUCGUCAUCGCGUGAGAGAGAUUAUAUGGGACGACACUUUGUUGAGGAAGAUUCCCAUUACAGACGGCUACGGCCCCUGUGGUUAUAGCGGGGACGAGAAUGAUCCUGAUGACUGUGCCGCCAACGAGAACAAAGAAUGGAUCUCGAGGGAUUUUGUGAAGUUUUGCAAAGAAAGCCUCUUUUACACCAACAGUAGAUUGCAGCAAAAGAACAAAUACGAGGGCGACAACGAAGUGCAGAAGCAGAUGAAUAACCUAAUGCCCUCUCGAGACUCACUGGCGUAUUACACAGACCUUUUGUAUCAGCAACGAAAGGUGUUAUCAUCGAGCGCAGACGAAAGGGCUUUUCGGUACGCCAUACGACGUUUUCCCCGACUCGCAAGGGUCACGAUAACACCGGCGGCGCACGGGUUUCUUUUCAUGCCACUUUAUGAUACUCCAAUGAUCCGAGAACUUCCAUCUGGACUUGUAUAUCCAACUCCUCGCACCUGGCCACGUGACGACAUUCUUACAGAGGGAUAUGGUCCUGAAGAUUGCCCAGAAGGAUGGGGAAAUGACGAAGAGAGGAAACAGUGGCGCGGAUUCUGCAUGGUUCUAAAGGCUCUAGACGAUUACGCAGACAAGCUUCAAAUCUCUGAGCUGGUUGUGGAUAGUCACAAGCUUCCCAAUGGGAUCGACUAUACUCUCUUUGACAAGCCAAAUGUAGAAUAUGAUAGUCUGUGCAGGAUUGUUGCAAAGCCGGGAUUUAGACGCCUUGUUCUGUCGUUAGCGAUUGGGUACCGCGAGAACUUUGAGGGCUCCGAAGAUUGGGGUAUCUAUACCAACGGCAGGAUAUCCAGUCUUCUAGCCAAAGCAACCGACCUGGAGGAAGCUGUAUUGCAAAUAGAUUAUAGUUUGAAUGGUUGGUUUUGCGAUAUGGAAGAGUCUUUAUCACUCUUUGAUAUCUUUCCCGUCGACACUUUUCCAACUGGAAAGCUGAGGCACGUUGGGUUGUCCGGGCUACCAGUUCUCCAGGAUGAUCUUAUCUCGUUUCUCGGCAAGCUGCCAUCAACAAUAAAGUCUGUGGAUCUCAGCUUCCUCGCCUUGGUUCGGGGCCAUGGAAAUCAUGCUACCAUGUUGGCUGCUAUCCGCGACGAAUUAGGCUGGAGGCAUCGACCUGCCAGUGAAAGGGUCAAAGUUAGUAUUUCGAUGCUACUCAAUCAAUUCAACCACGGCCGCUACGUGUGCCUUGACAGAGAAGUUCAAGAAUACGUUUAUGGCGAUGGCCCCCCUCCUUUUGUUGUCCAAGAAGGGAUGAUUUAG